GGUCAAUCUUAAGAACAACUUCCCACUGCAUCGCAACAUUUUAGGUUAAAUGUGUUGUUUGUUUACCUCGAUAUUGAUUGAUUUUAAUGUCAACAUUUAAUAAAUAACAAAUCUAUAAAAUAGAUAAACUUCGUAUUUAUAUGUAACGGUGGAAAGGUAUCUAACAAAAAUUCAAGAUGAGGAUAGCUGUAGAAGGUUGCGCACACGGUGAAUUGGAUAUUAUUUAUGAAACUAUUCAAGAAAUGGAAAAGGCUGAUGGGAAAAAGAUAGAUUUGCUUAUUUGCUGUGGAGAUUUUCAGUCUACUAGAAAUUUAAGCGAUUUAAAUUGCAUGGCUGUACCUGAUAAAUAUAAGGAUAUGUGUACUUUUUAUAAAUAUUAUUCUGGGGAAAAGGUUGCUCCAGUGUUGACAUUAUUUAUUGGGGGUAAUCAUGAAGCAUCAAAUUAUCUUCAAGAAUUACCAUAUGGUGGAUGGGUAGCACCUAAUAUUUACUAUUUUGGAUAUGCUAGUGUAGUAACAGUAGGUGGUAUUAGAAUUGCAGGAUUAUCAGGAAUUUUUAAAGGUCAACAUUGGAUGCAAGGACAUUAUGAAAAGCCCCCAUAUACAGAGAAUACAAUUAGAAGUGUAUAUCAUAUCAGAAACUUAGAAAUAUUUAGAUUAAAGCAGCUUACUGGUAAUAUUGAUAUAUUCUUAUCACAUGAUUGGCCAGCAGGAAUAACUAAAUAUGGGGAUGAAAAUAUUUUAUUAAAAGGAAAACCUUUUUUCAAAAAUGAUAUAGAAAAUAAUAUGCUUGGUAGUCCACCAAGUAUGGAACUCUUAGAGUAUCAUCAUCCAAGUUAUUGGUUUUCAGCUCAUUUACAUUGUAAAUUUGCAGCUCUUGUUCCUGAAAAAGGAGGAACAAGAGUAACUAAGUUUUUAGCUUUAGAUAAAUGUCUUCCGAAAAGAAAAUUUCUUCAAAUAUUUGAACUAGAACAUAAUCCAAAUUUACCACUGACACUACAUUAUGAUCUAGAGUGGUUAACAAUAUUAUAUUUAACAAAUCAUUUAUUAAGUGUCAAAAGUGGAAUUCAUUAUAUGCCUGGACAGUAUGGUAACACAAGAUGGACGUUUACACCAACUGUAGAGGAAAAGGCAAAAAUUCUAAAAAAAUUUAACUGUAAUUUACAAAUUCCAUUGAAUUUUACACAAACUGCUAAACCUUACAAUCCUGAUGCUUUGGAUGGUAUUUCGGAACCACCACAAUUAUUGGUAAUAAUCAUGUUAUACAAAUUGAACCAAAUUGUAAGAAAUUUAAGAGACGAAAUUAUUCGAUAUAUUCCAAUACGCUUUAAUAAUAAUGGAAUACUUUGUCCAUUACUUAAGUUUGGAAUCUUUGUUGAAAAGAAAAUGGAUAAAUUAACGAUUAUUUCGGGAACAUUGUUUCUCGCCGCCGAUGUAUUUGCAAUUGUCAGUCUUGCAAUGCCCGACUGGAUUAUUACUGAUGUUGGAGGAGAUACAAGAUUGGGAUUGAUGUGGUCAUGUAUGACCUUAUACAAUAGACCUCAAGUUUGUUACAGUCCAGAUUUGCAGCCAGAAUGGUUCAUGGCUCUUGUUUGUAUCUUUGUAGGUUGUAUUUUGAUCACAGCAACAAUAAUAUUAUUAGCCAGUUCCCAUUGGGAUCGUAAUGUUAUCCCUUAUGCUAGAUGGGUAGGAUUUACAGCUAUGGUGUUGUUUUGUCUAGCAGCAGUUAUAUUUCCAAUGGGUUUUCACAUCAAUGAAAUUGGUGGACAACCAUAUCAGUUACCUAAUUCACAUCAAGUUGGUAUUUCUUAUAUUUUCUUUGUUUUAGCUUUAUGGAUUACAGUAAUUUCAGAAUUAUUUGCGGGCAAAGUUUGCCUCCCACAUUUUUAGCAGCUAUCAUUCUCUAAAUGCAUUUGUGGCAUUUGUUUAAUAUUAUUAAUGAAUAUUGUAUAUUUUGAGAGCAAUGAUAUGCUACAAUACAUAAGAGAUUUUAUAUCUAAUUUAUGAUUACAUAAAUAAUUUAUUAAUGUAUUGAAAGGACUUUUGUAUAUGUGUUUUUUAUUUAUUAAAAUAUAUUGUUUAAUUGUAAUUUUGCACAAAUUUCACAAAGAAUAAUUGUGUUGGAAGUUAAAUGUAAAUAUUUGAAAUAAUAAAUAUGUUGUAACAAAUAAUAAAAUUUUUAUAAUAUAUAUA